CCUAGCAACUGAUCACAGACGCCACCACCACUGACUCUUCUGAGGAUUAACUCUUGUCUGUGGAGAGACGCCGGCGUAAAACACGAACAUGGACGUGUCUCUCCAGGCGAAGACCAAGCCGCUGUCCUCGCUCUCUGCCUUCAGUUACAUCCCACCACGACGGAGGCAACCGAAGGACAUGUCCUACUUCAACAAGGACUUGAAGGUCCCACAAGUGUCCAUGUAUGACCUCGUGUUCCACCAGGCGGAAGGUUACGAUAUGAAAGUGCACCGGGACGACAGGCGACACCACAAAGGACGGGGACUGGAUGUCAACGCGGAGGAGAGGUCCAGGUCUGUGCCGGUGCUCUCCUCCUCAGAAUACGGCCGCCGUCCCAUUCCUGUCCUCUACGCGCCGGGCCGGCAGCACGCACACGUGGCCUGCAUCAAAACUGAAUUCUACAUGAAAAACGGGCUCGUGUGGAAUGUGGAAGAAGGAUACGGAUCAGUGGUUCCCAUCUGAACGGCUCAAGUGGACCAUCAGUGAACCUGCAGUGAAAACACAACCCUGACAAUACCUGGACAAGGAAACAUAGGAAGGAAUUGGGGUUUUUAUGAAGUAGUAGUAGGAGUAGUAGUAGUAGUGUAUGAAGAGGGAGACUGAGGAAUGAAGUAUUUUUUUGCCAAACUUGCUAAACUUGAAAUUUUGAGAAUAAAGUCAGAAUAUCACGUCGCUCACUCCGAAAAGACAAGCUAAAGUGACAGGACGCGUUACUGAGGAAAUCACACAGAGCUGAAUUUCUGUCAAAAAAAUGUCAACUCAGUGCUUUAAAUUUGAUGGCUUUUAAAAUUCAAAGUCUGAUUUCAAUACAAACAAAAUGUCAGUGUUAAAUUCAAACUCAAAUGGUAUGUGUAUAAGUGUAUAAGGCACUUCAGCAAAGUCAGUAUGUUACAUAGAAGAGGGAGAUUAAUCUCGACAUGUGGAUUAAAUUUGACAUUUUGCAGAAUAAACUCGGAAUAUCACGUGAAGAUUCAAGUCGACACGUCGUUCGCUCUGAAAAAGACAAGAAUGAUGUGAGUUCUUGAAGUGACAGGGCCUAUUAUUGAGGAAAUCACACAGAGCUGAAUUUGUGUGAACUAAAAUUUAAUUCAUGAAAAUCCUGCGUGAGCGUGCGUCUCCUGUGUCUUGGUGGAACGUUUAAACUUUUGAAACUAACUUCACAAAAGGUUGGGCUCAAAUAAAGACUCUGAAAUAAUUCAAGUUUCUCCUGCACGUAAAUACAGUUCUUAUUGUGCAUUGUUUUAUUAGAAUUCAUGCAAUUAAGUCCAACCUUCCAAACAACAGGGAUUUUUUGAGUGCAGACUUUUGUCUUUGUACUCUGGCAGGAACAGAGCUUUUAUUCUUAGGAAGGCUACAGCCUUUCAGUCUGUUUGGUGACAGAGCCACAGUGUUUCCUUGACAGGAUCGCACGCUAAUAUUAUGCUAAAAUGGUGUUUC